UCCUUUUAUCGUGUCCCAAUAAGAGCUGUCAUACAUACACACAGGCUAGUGCACAAUUGUCUUCAUAAAUGCCACAGCGGUUUCAAAUUUAAUGCCGCUUUGCUCUGCAAAUACCCAUCCAGUUUAACCUCUGCUCUUCAGCUAUUCUCAAGAUCAAAAUUUAGAAGUUCAUUUUGCUGUUGAAAUCAUUGAUUUGCCCUGAAAGAAGAGAGAAAUGCGACGAACAAGUAGAGUAACAGAAGUAGCUCAACGGCAAUCUCCUCGGGGGCCUCCUAACGUGAGGACGUCCAGCGCUGAUUCCGAUCCAACACAUGUUCGUCCGAGGACGGAGAGGAGCCCAAAAGUAGGCGAUGGUCGGAUACAGAGAGGCACCCAGUCUAACCCGUCGAAUCAGAAGAAACUAGGAACUCGAAUUGCGGAUUUGGAAUCUCAGCUUGGCCUUGCAGAGCAGGAGCUCAAGAGUCUGAAGGGACAGAUAGUGUUAACCGGGAGUGCGAAAAAGGUGGGGCAAGAUCAACUUGAGAAGAAGCCUAAGAAACCACAGAAGGCUCCUGAGUCAUUGGAAAUCGUAGAAAAGCACUCGACUCCAGCUGAGGCGCGAAAAGUGAGCGAGAAGGAUAGCACAGCAGUGUAUGAAGCAUCAGACGAAAUCCAGGACGAAACUGAUGUUUUUGAAGUUCCUAAUGAGAAGACAACUGUGGAGGAGCCUAAGGCUGAACCAGAACUGCCAGCUGAAGAUGAUGAACUCAAACCUAAGACUGUUUCGUUAUCAGUUGAAACGCCAGCAACUGCUGAGCCGGAGAAUCCGUUGGUUGAUGAGUUGGCUUCAAAGAACGAGGAGAUAAACUUGCUGAAAGCCCGUUUGGACGAGAAGGAAAAAGAAUUGGAUGUUUUUCGUCAAGAAAAUGAGAGCCUAAAGAGCCAGCUUGAUGAGAAGUUGCUGAAGAUAUCAUCGGCUCAAUCUGAGGUUGAUGGACUGAACCAGAAGUUGAGUGUGGUUAGCGAAGAACUGGAGAAGAGUAAACAUGGUGCUUCCCAGAUGAAAGAAAAGUUAGAAGCGACGGAAAAGGCCAAAGAGUUGCUAGAAAAUGAGAUGAAGAUGCUUCGUGUACAAACUGAGCAAUGGCGAAAAGCAGCCGAUGCAGCAGCUUCUGUUCUGGCUGGGGGGAUGGAGGUGAACGGGAGGAGGAUAUCGGAGAGAUGUGGAUCAAUGGAUAAAGUCUAUGGCAACACGUUCGAUCAUGUUGGUGGGUAUACGGGUUAUGCAGGCUCACCUGGACUUAUAGACGAUGGAGAUGAUGAUUUUGGAAGUGAAAAGAGGAAAGGCAUCAGAAUGUUUGGAGACCUGUGGAAAAAGAAGAGCCAGAAGUAGAUUUCGACAAUGCCCUCUUUUAUAUAAACUGCUUUUUCUUGAGGCUUAUGACAAUGGUUUCUCACCAUUUGUUAUUUGUAUUGUUGUCUCUGUAUCCUGAUUUUUCUAUCAAUCACUGUCGUAGAAGUGUCUUCACCAUUAAUUAUAAUAGAUAUGUACUUAAUUAUGAUUUUCA